ACCCGCGCGCCCCGCCCGCGGGCGGAAGCUGGAGCGAGGCUGAACGCCUGACGUCAAGGCGACAUCGCCAAACCUCGCCCAGAUUCAGGCGUGUAAACCAGCCGGAGCGGCGGCGGCAGAGGCAGGACCGCCGUGGCGCCUAGAGUAGCGACCCGGAGGGAGCGCGGGGCGACGCUGCCUGCAGGGACCCGGUGACAGCGUGAGAGGUACUGGGUUUUGACAAGCUUGCAUCAUGCGUGAGUAUAAGCUAGUCGUUCUUGGCUCAGGAGGCGUUGGAAAGUCUGCUUUGACUGUACAAUUUGUUCAAGGAAUUUUUGUAGAAAAAUAUGAUCCUACGAUAGAAGAUUCUUAUAGAAAGCAAGUUGAAGUAGAUGCACAACAGUGUAUGCUUGAAAUCUUGGAUACUGCAGGAACGGAACAAUUUACAGCAAUGAGGGAUUUGUACAUGAAAAAUGGACAAGGAUUUGCAUUAGUUUAUUCCAUCACAGCACAGUCCACAUUUAACGAUUUACAAGACCUGAGAGAACAGAUUCUUCGAGUUAAAGACACUGAUGAUGUUCCAAUGAUUCUUGUUGGUAAUAAGUGUGACUUGGAAGAUGAAAGAGUUGUAGGGAAGGAACAAGGUCAAAAUCUAGCAAGACAAUGGAACAACUGUGCAUUCUUAGAAUCUUCUGCAAAAUCAAAAAUAAAUGUUAAUGAGAUCUUUUAUGACCUAGUGCGGCAAAUUAACAGAAAAACUCCAGUGCCUGGGAAGGCUCGCAAAAAGUCAUCAUGUCAGUUGCUUUAAUAUACUAAAUGCAUUGUAGCUCUGAGCCAGGUCUGAAGAACUGUUGCCCAAUUCAACAGUGCCAGCAUUCCAACUUUGUUAAACCUACCAACAUCUUAAAUGGACUUUCCUGUGGUGGUACCCUUUAAGAGGCGGAUGAAAGCUACUAUAUCAGUUUGCACAUUCUAAUCACUUUCCAGUAUCACAAGAGAGAUUUUUACUUAUAUAAUAGUCCUAGAGUAUGCAGCUGGUAAAACCAGAGGCUACAUCCAGUAUUACUGCUAAGAGACAUUCUUCAUCCACCAAUGUUGUACAUGUAUGAAAAUGGUGUACUGUAUACUUUAACAUGCCCCAUACUUUGUAUUGGAGAGUACAAUAAUGUAAAUCCUAAAAGCACCACUAUUUUAGCAUAAUAAAAGAAAGUCCAAAGAGCUCCUAUAUAGACUACUCCAGAUAACUUCGCUUCUUUGAUACUUGUAGCUUAUUGUAAUUUUUUUUUAAGAAAUUCAAGGUCAUUAUUAUUGUACAAAAUAAGCGCUUUGAUUAACACAGCUAUAUAGUUUUUUUAAUUUUUAAAAAACCUGUGGAGACAGUGAUCUUGUCUUUAAAAUAUGAUAGUCCUUUCAGUAUAAUGUCUUAGAUUAAAGACGUUGCCUUUAAUAUCUGUUGGGAAGGAAAUGUCCAGACUUUUCAAAUCUCUUAUUAUAUGUUUCCUUUUUUUGUUUACAUAGGGAACAAUGUUUAUAGUCGUGUGUACAGUGGGGGUCUACAACAAGAAGUGUAUAUUUUCAAACAAUUUUUUAAUGAUUUAACAAUUUUUGUAAAUCAUUUUCAGGCUUCUGCAGCUGUAGAUUCUCACUGUGAAUCCCUUGCUUGCUCAUGCAUAAGUGUAUUUGCAAUACCAAAUAUACAGGUUUAGUAUUUUUGCCUGUUAGUGAUUGUUUCACAUGUGUAACGUUUUGGUUGAGAUGUUAAAUGGUGGACGAGUACUGUGGAUGUGAAUGUGGGAAGUAAUUUUAAUCAUAUGUAAUUGGUCACAAGGCCUAAUUUGCAGUAACUAUUGCUGUUUUAUUUAACAAUGCCUUGUUGCUUUGUAUGCAUUAAUGUUUGGAUGUAAAGAUUGUGUGUCUAUCCAACAGGGAGCCACAGUAUUUAAAUUGACCAACCUAAUGUUACAACUACUUUGAGGUGGCCAAAUGUAAACUAAAAGCCUUAAUUAAAGUGGUGCAAUUUUGUAUAACUUAGCAUCAGUAGUUCAAUAAAUUUGGAUUGCCAUGCAAGGGCUUGCAUUAUAAUUACUUGCCACUUGAAUGUGUUUUGUGUAAUGUUUUAACAGUGCUAGUAAAUAAAUAUGGGUUUACCCUGGU